AUGUGCAAACUCUUCUUCCUUCUCUUUCCUACGCUUGUUCAUGCCGCAACGCUCGUUCUCCUUCGUCCUUUGCAAGAACAGCGUCCUCGAAUCGCGCGUCCAUCAUCCCUCUACUCGUGGAGUUUUGACCCUUCAUCAUUCGGGUUUCAAGACAAUGAUGUCACGGAUCCACAGUUCAUCUCGUACUCUGCUACGGGUCUCCCUCCAUGGCUCACGCUGCAUCAAGACACUCUCUCGUUCGCCGGCAACGUGCCAUCCACUGCUGUGUCCUCAAGCUCGACAAUUAUUGUCACCGCUUCCGUCGCUGGCCAAGCCAUCAAUGACACCGUUCAGCUGCUCAUAUUGUCCGAGCCUGAGCCACGACUCGCCAUCCCAAUCGCUCAACAGAUUCUCUCCGAUCAAGCAGAAGUGUCCUCUGCUUUUGUCGUGGGACCAGGAUCGGCUCUUGCGCCUUACUUUUCGACUACGUCCGCCCGCGACGGCAAGGCGGGUGUUCGGAUACCCCCUGGGUGGAGCUUCUCUAUUGCAUCUCUCGCGAACGGCACGUCUUUGCCAGACUGGAUACGCUUCGACCCUUCUUCUUUCACGUUCAACGGAGUCGUACCGUUUGUAGACUUUUCCGAACUAGAGCUGUUGAUCAUGGCGACCGACGCCGCAGGCUAUUCAACCAGUGCUACCGACUCUUUCUGGCUAACCGUAGCCGCCGACGAACUUGGUCUGAGGAAUGCGACCGCCGGAGUACCUGUCAAUGUUACCAUUGGUGAACAUGUCGAUGUCGAAAUUUCCGACGACCUAAUGAGAAAUGCCAUUAAUCGGGGUGGUUCGGCGUCCCCCUUGGGUAUUGAAAUUAUAUCAUCGGAUGGCAUAGCAUUCGACCUUGCCUCGCGUAGACUCACGGGUCCCAUCGUAAAUGGAAGCGUAUUCGACAUCCCAAUGAACAUUGUUGACGCCCAGAACGCGACAUUACAUACGAGGCUUCAUCUUAUCCCCGUCCCUUCGCUUUUUAUGACGCCGAAUCAGAUGUCAUCCCCAACUCUUCCACCACCGGGCGAGGAAUCUGCCAACACCAAUGGAGAGUGGACAUUGUCGCUGAAGCCAUUCCUCAGCGAGACUGGCUUGACGCAAAUGUCAAAAGAUCAGGUCAAACUUUUCGCCUGGCUUGGUCAACCCUCGAAUGUGACUUUGCAUCUCGAGCAAGAAUCCCUCACUCUGUUCAUUACUCACCAAGACUUGGAAGUUGGUAGACAUCAGAGAGAUGCAGACACUCUGCAACUCCUCGCGCCUCCAUCUCGAAGCAUCAAUCCCCAGAUGCUGGUCUCUAGGAACGACUAUGCCAGACCACCCUCAAUCGAUAUAGUCGUGAUCGCAUUCUCGUCUAUUUUCAACACGAACUCGACGCUACGCUUAGAGGUCAACCCUAUUGGCCAUACCGACUGCCGCCCGUCCGAUGUGACAUGCCCUUCAACGUUUCCAUCGCCCAUCACCCCCGAGUCACCACCCUCCCACCGGAGAAGGAAUAUUUUGGCGGCGAUUUUGGUCGCAACAAUCCUCGCUAUACUCUUCACAGCUAUGGUCAUCACCUGCAUCUUGCCGAAGAGCCUGCCUUUCGACGUCCGGACCAAAGGAGACGCCGUAGCUACAGAAGAUAAACCCGCGAACCUGGAAGAGAUAGAAAGUGGAGUAACAGACAAGCAGACCAUGCACCUCUCGUCCAUCGGCACUCUGGCGGAGACCAGAAGCGAUCAUCCGUCGAUUACAAGUAAAUUUACAUCAGCGACCAGCCAACGGACUCCAAAUGAUUAUCUCAAUGACAAGCAGGGAGAAAAUGAGAUGCAGCGCUGCUUUCGCAAAGCCCAUGGCUCUUCUCAACCUGUUGAUGACGCGGUUGUCCCUGGCGCGGGCAUAUCGGUUGGUGACUUGCGUUGGCAGGUGGAACCAUCCAACGGUGGACGUGCGAAGGGUAUGCUUUCUGUCGAGAGCGGAACCACUCCCGCGACAGGUAAUACCGUCCCAAAGCACGCCUUUUUCGCCCAUGUUCGCAGUCCUUUAUCUAGUCCCGUCCACAGCAAACCACCCUCUAUCUCCGGCUCGCCACCCAGAGUUGGGAUCUUUAAUGGCAUUGUGCCGAUUCUCAAAGCGUCAUCAUUUGGAUCCCUUCUUGGCCACAAUAAGCCUGCCUCUUCCGGCGAUUCUUCAAACUCGUCUGGGGUACUGAAUUGCCCUCCUUCUCAAGAAUCACGAGACGCUUUGAAGGCCACCAUUAGCAAGCCCCGUCUUAUACCGCAAUCCAGCUCUGUCCAGAUGGAAUAUGGAGUAGAUGGCUCGCGGAACCAGGAUGGAGUCUCGCGCCAAACGAGCGAUGAUGGUGGCGUAGGCUUCCAGGCUGGCACGGCGAUCGUUUAUCCAAAGGAGAUAUGCACGACAAAAUCUUCUUCGAAAGCAGUAUCCUCAACCUCCAAACCACCUCUGGAUUCAUCCGUCAUUCCGACGUUCAUACUCGAGCCACCUGCAAUCCUGGAAGAAAUCCCUACGUUGCUUCGAAAACGUUCAAACGAAUCAGAGGCAGCAGGUUACCUCCAUGGCGAAGAAUUCGGUACAUCCUCUCAGAGCACCAUAGAUGGGGGCAUCGAAGAGGAGCUAGCGGCGAAGGUUAAUGCAGAUGACAUUAGUCACCCACGAAAUACGGAACCUCUUCCACUUGACGCUCAAGUCAAGCGGUCACCAACGCAUCUACUUCGAAAAGCCGUAUACAUCAGCGAAUCACUCAAGUCAGGCAGUAUGCCAUGCGAUGUCUCGUCUGAUUCGGUCGUACUCGCCACUGCCACUCUUGCCGUUCGAUCGCCCCACCCUGCGAGUGUCAAAUUGGUUCCAUCCCCGAGGCCGACUUUCAGGUCAUCUUUGGAGGAUUUUAAAGUACCAUCCUCCCCUCUCACCGAACUUGCUUCCUCGGACGAAUCUUCAAGGGAGAAACCUAGCAGUAAAUCGCGGCUCGUCAAAUUCGUCAACGAGGUGCACUAUGACGCUGGAUCCUCGAGCGACGGCGGUUACGGCCAUGGAUGCGCUGCCAAUAUGCCCUAUGAGGGGACUCGCGAACGUAGUCAAACGGCGGUGGUAGGCGGACUAUCUGGUACCCCUCCAAGUUCGUGGAAUGAACCUACCACUCGGUCCACCCAAUCUCGCAUACCCGUCAUGUCACAAGCAACAAGCAUGAGACUGGUGGAUCAGGUUCUGCAUCUUCGCUCGCAAUCCCGUCAAAACCGUGCCAAUCAGCAGCUCGAUCAGGUUUCUUCGGAUUGCAGUCGUAUGUCACCUCGGGAAGAAUCCGAAACUCCAUGUAAUGGCGGCACCUUUCACGAUCCACGUGGUGCGCUCUGGUAUGGACAUACCGACCAUCUUGUGUCAGAAGAAGAAAGCUCGACGAGCGGGUAUCACCCCAGCCCCAUGUACCAUGCAGCGGGAUCAAACCCCAAUAUGGCGUCCAAUAAACCGCUGCAAGUAAGCUCUGGAGAUGACACUGAUGAGCAUCCUCCUCAGAUCCCACUUCCAGCCUUGCCAUCUCACAGUUCAAACUAUUUUGAUCUCAGUGAAUCUUCCUCUGCUUCCUCUAGCGAUUCCGCAGUCAUUCGACAUACAGGUGGCAUGGAUCGCAUCCUUGUCGGCGCCAGAGAGCCCUUUCACUUCCUUGCCCCUGUUCGCAUCAGCCAUUCAUCACCCGGUAAAGUGCCCAGGAGCCAACUACUUGGAUCUCUGCGUAAGAAGGCGCCUUUGGGAAAGUUUGUCGCUCGACAUGCCGCGGGAAACUCUCUCCCACCCUGGUUAAACUUUGACGAACGCUUGGUGGAGUUUUGGGGAGUCCCAAACGUGGAAAUUCGUGGUCAACAGCUGGAAAUCGUUCUUUGGUUUGGUGAUGGCGCUCAGAAUCAGGAGAUGGGUCGGUUUAUCAUCGAAGUCGUCGGACACUAG